AACAACAUUAAAAAUUAGGAUAUGCAUCCUAUUAACUCCACUAUAAAAAGAAACAUACAAGCAUUGGAAUUCUCAUCACUUAAACAUUAAUCUCUAUCUUAAACACCUUCCCUUCUAAAUAUUUUCAAUAAUCAGUUUGUAAAAAGUUCCGCGAAAAUGAAGCUUUCGCGGACUAGAGUGACGGCUGUCAUCCUCCUCCUUGUCUUGGCAGUGGCCGAGGCAGCGGCCGUUGAUUACACUACCCCGGGUGAUCAAACUACUACCAGUCCUACCACUCCCACCAAGGAGCCUAAGGAUUCCGAUGUCUCAUCCAAAGAACCAAAGGAGCCCAAAGAUAAGGAACCCAAAGAGCCUAAAGACAAGGAGCCCAAAGAUAAGGAACCCAAAGAGCCUAAAGAUAAGGAGCCCAAAGAGCCUAAAGCGCCGGGGGGUACUCCACCUUAUACCCCUCCAUCACCACCCACGCCCACCCCAUCUCCACCAACACCCACCCCAUCGCCACCCACUCCCACCCCGUCCCCACCAACACCCACCCCAUCGCCACCCACUCCCACCCCGUCCCCACCAAUACCCACCCCAUCGCCACCCACUCCCACCCCGUCCACACCAACACCCACCCCAUCGCCACCCACUCCCACCCCGUCCACACCAACACCCACCCCAUCGCCACCCACUCCCACCCCGUCCACACCAACACCCACCCCGUCCCCACCAACACCCACCCCAUCGCCACCCACUCCCACCCCGUCCCCACCAACACCCACCCCAUCGCCACCCACACCCACCCCGUCCCCACCAACACCAACCCCGACUUCAUCCUCUAGUCCUAAGCAAGUAAGGUGCAUGGACAGGUACUAUUCAUCUUGCUACUACAGGCAGUUUACUUGUCCUGCUGCAUGUGCUGAUACUUGCCAAGUUGACUGUGUUACUUGUAGUCCUGUUUGUGAUUGCAACAAGCCAGGUGCAGUGUGCCAAGACCCAAGGUUCGUAGGAGCUGAUGGAAUUACAUUUUACUUCCACGGUAAGAAAGACCAAGAUUUUUGUCUAGUCUCCGACUCCAACCUCCACAUCAACGCUCACUUCAUCGGAAAGCGGACCGCCACCAUGGGAAGAGACUUCACCUGGGUCCAAGCCCUGGGUCUCCUCUUCAACAACCACAAGAUCUACCUCGGAGCCCAAAAGACCGCCACAUGGAACGAUGCCAUUGACCGUAUCUCCCUCUCCUUCGACGGCCAACCCAUUGACCUCCCAGAAGAGGAAGGUGCCAGCUGGCAAUCACCAGCUGGCGAUGUUUCCAUCACCAGAGCUAGGGCUACAAACGCGGUAGUGAUUGAGGCCGAGGGUAACUUCAAGAUCAAGGCAGUGGUUGUCCCAAUCACCGAAAAAGAUUCCUUGAUCCACAAGUAUGGAGUAACCCAAGAAGAUUGUUUAGCUCAUCUUGACUUGAGCUUCAAGUUUAAGUCAUUGAGUAGACAAGUCAACGGUGUUUUAGGUCAAACUUACGCAAGUAACUACGUUAGUAGGGUUAAGAUGGGUGUCGCAAUGCCCGUCUUAGGAGGAGAAAAGGAGUUCCAUUCAUCUUCUAUCUUCGCUACCGAUUGCGCCGUAGCUAGAUUCAAUGGAAGUGGGAUUGAGAGCUCUGAAGAGAGUAUUGAGUUUGCUGAUCUUAACUGUGCUUCUGGUUUCAGUGGACGUGGAGUUGUUUGCAAGCGUUAAUGCAUGAACUAACUAAUUAUGAGUAGCAUAUAAUAUAUGUUAUUACUCAUCUAAUCAUUUAUUAUUAUUUGAUUGUUAAUGAAUUAUAUAUGUGUUUCUGUGUGGCAUAGUCAUAUUUCGAAUGAAUUUGAUUAUACAAUAAAAGAAAAUUGUGAGUCUUGUAGUGUGUAAUUCACCACUGAUUUACUAUCAAUAAUGAAUUGUUCCUUUUCGGCAAA